AUGUUGAAAAGGAACGUGAGGCUGAGGAGGGAGUACCUCUAUCGGAAAAGCUUGGAGGGCAAAGAGCGUUUGCUCUACGAGAAGAAGCGCAAAAUUCGCGAAGCUUUGGCAGUUCCCCGUUCGACAAUUGAUGAUGAAUAUGCAAAUGCGGCCGAUAGAGAUCCUAAGAUUUUACUUACAACUUCACGAAAUCCGAGUGCUCCACUAACACAGUUUGUGAAGGAAUUGAAGAUUGUGUUUCCAAACUCACAAAGAAUGAACCGUGGUGGUCAGGUCAUAUCAGAAAUAAUUGAAACCUGCCGGACACAUGAUUUUUCCGACGUUAUUUUAGUUCAUGAACAUCGCGGUGUGCCAGAUGGUGUGAUCAUAACCCAUCUACCUUUUGGUCCCACUGCAUACUUUGGACUGCAUAAUGUGGUAACGAGACAUGACAUCAAGGACAAAAAGGCAAUUGGUACGAUGCCUGAGGCUUACCCACAUUUGAUUCUGGAAAAUUUUUCUACUAAGCUUGGUCAACGGACAGCAAAUAUUUUGAAAUAUCUUUUUCCAGUACCAAAACCAGAUACGAAACGUAUCAUCACUUUCGCGAAUCAGUCCGAUUUCAUUUCUUUCAGACAUCAUAUCUAUGAGAAACGCGGAGGUCCCAAAUCAAUUGAACUGAAGGAAAUUGGCCCUCGCUUUGAAAUGCGGCUUUACCAGAUCAAAUUGGGAACAAUGGAUCAAGAUGAAGCCCAAACUGAAUGGGUGAUCAGGCCUUACAUGAAUACAUCAAAGAAGCGCAAGUUUCUCGGGGACUGAUAUGAGGGCAUGCAGUGCGUAGUGCUUUUUAUUUGUUUUCCCUCAUGUACCAAAAGGCAUUGUUCUCUCAGUUCAAUUCAUAGUGUUGGAACAUUUGUUGUCCAAAAUUUAAUCAAGAGUUUGCUUAUUAAUAUGAGAAAAUUUUGGUUGACAGUGGGAUGUAGAAAAAAUAGUCAAGUGGAACCCUUACAUUCAUUGCUGCGGGCUAUUCAAAAUGGAAAAAAUGACAUCAUUUUACUUCA